CUUUUGAGACAAUACCGAACCGCAACUCUGCGUGCUCUUAUUGCAGCAGACUUCCUCACAACUAGUGAUCUCGAGGUUCUACAAGCACUGGUAUUGUUUCUCUUCUCUAACCCAGGAUGUGAUCUAGCAACCACCCUGUCCGGCGCCGCCCUCCGACUAGCCGAGAAGAUGGGUUUGCAUCAAGACACAUCUGACCCCAACAUAUCUUUCUUUGAAAAGGAGAUGCGCAUUCGUCUAUGGUGGCAGCUCUGCGGUCUCGGCGCUCGGUGCCGCAUUAGCUCUACCCCAGGAAUGAAGAAGCCACCACCCACUUCCGAGAUAGGCGACGUCCGCCUCCCACUCAACGUCAACGACGCGGAUCUCCACCCGGACAUGACUGAGCCUCCUCUGGAACACAACGGUCCCACAGAGAUGAUGUGUGUCCUGUUGAAAAUGGAAGCCUCUAACUGGCGCCGACAUUUUCCGACAGCCACCAAGCUCUUUGAAAGUGUGAUGCAGGGCUCGAUCAGGUCCAAGGAGGUAAUCGAACUGGAGUGCAAGGCGGUUGACGAGCUGAACGACAUAUACCGUCGGAAAUACUUUCAUAAUUCCGAUCCACAUAUCCCACUUCAUAGCCUUACUCAUGCUAUUGCGAAACUCUCAAUCGCGCGCUUCAGGUUCAAAAUUCGUCAUCCUCGAGGGCGGCUCACCGCAGCUGACAACAAUGCCUAUUUUACACGUGAGGAAAGUGAUAUCCUAUUCGAAUCAUGCCUGACCUGGGUGCAAUCCAUGAUGGAUAUCAGGUUACGCAGCAAGUUCCCGUAUUAUUUAUUCACGCACCUGACGACAGACUCUUAUAUGGAUGCCUAUAUCUACCUCCUGAGCGAGCUGCGGCGACGGUGCUCAGGGGACCGCGUAGCACUUGCUUGGCAACUGGUCGAAGAACUUUUCAAUGAACAUCCUGAGCUCAUUUAUGGUGACGACGAUUUCUAUGCUGCAUUUGGGGACUUGGUCUUGGAUGCAUGGGAACAUCACAGUCACGAGCUGAAAAAAAGCCCGGGAGGUCUAGGAUUCGUCACCAAGCCACGAUUUAUUGAACGACUCUAUCAUGAGAAGACUACUAGAGGUCGACCUCGUUAUAGUAAUCUGCCUUCUUUCUCGGAUUCACGUGAGCUUGGUGGGCUUGAACCGCAAGAUGAAAAUGAUAGCAAUUGGCUGUAUUGGGAGGAGUUUCUUCGGUUAUAG